AGGCAAGGCGGUGCCCGCUCCCUCCCACCGCCCGGGGGCGGCUAUGCCGCUCCGCCUUCCCCGGCCGGGCACUACGGAAGCGAAGGCGGUAGGGGCCGGGUCACCGUCCCUGCCGGCCCCCGGGAGCCGGAGCGUAGAGCCCGGCCGGGCGGCAGCCUCCGGGGUAGCCAUCGCCGGGGCUCCAUGGAGAAGCGGGGCGCCCCGCCGCCGCGGGGCCCGGUGCUGCACAUCGUGGUGGUGGGCUUCCACCACAAGAAGGGCUGCCAGGUUGAAUUCUCCUACCCUCCUCUAAUGCCUGGAGAAGGGCACGACAGCCACGGCUUACCAGAGGAAUGGAAAUACUUGCCAUUUCUUGCCUUGCCAGAUGGCGCUCACAACUACCAGGAAGAUACCGUGUUUUUCCAUUUACCACCAAGAUGUGGGGAUCAAACUACAGUAUAUGGUGUCUCUUGCUAUAGGCAGAUUGAAGCAAAGGCAUUAAAAGUACGGCAAGCAGACAUCACCCGAGAAACAGUGCAGAAAAGUGUCUGUGUUCUCAGUCAGCUGCCUUUGUAUGGGUUACUUCAGGCAAAGCUGCAGCUCAUUACCCAUGCGUAUUUUGAGGAGAAAGACUUCUCGCAAAUUUCAAUUCUAAAGGAACUUUAUGAUCAUAUGAAUAGUUCCUUGGGAGGGACUUCACUAGAAGGGUCACAAGUUUAUCUUGGUCUGUCUCCUCGGGAUCUUGUUCUUCAUUUUAGGCACAAGGUCUUGAUCCUUUUUAAAUUGAUUCUUCUAGAGAAAAAGGUGCUGUUUUAUAUUUCUCCAGUAAAUAGAUUGGUGGGAGCUCUGAUGACGGUCUUGUCACUAUUUCCUGGUAUGAUUGAACAUGGUCUUACUGACUGCUCACACUAUAGACCAAGAAAGAGCAUAUCGGAGGAUGCUGUCUUGCAAGAAAUUACACCACGGUUAGAUGACUCUGUAUCUGCUGCUGAUACUUCAAAUACAAACUUGGAAAUGGGGAAGGGAGGCAGGAAGAUGGCAGGAAACCAUUCGCUGGGAGGUCAAAACACAAACGUGCCUUUCUCCCAGUCAGAGAAGAUUUGCAACGGAGCUCAGUCCUCCAAUGGUACCGUGCAGCACUUGAAAGUUCCUUCCCGCACUUCUCCAGAGUCCUCUGAAAGUGAAUGGGAGACCUUAGAUCCCAGCAUUUUAGAGGAGUCUAAUAUGAAAGAAGGAGUACGUGAAAACGCAGCAUCAGAACAGGCUGAAAAUCUCCCAAGUGAAUGCAGGAGUUCUGAAACCCUUCCAAUCACUGUGCAGCCCCAGGCAAAUACAGGACACACAGUGCUUGUUCCAGGACUCGUAUCUGGGUUGGAAGAGGACCAGUAUGGUAUGCCGUUGGCUAUUUUUACAAAGGGUUACCUUUGCUUGCCAUACAUGGCACUGCAGCAGCAUCAUCUCCUGUCGGAUGUAACAGUCCGCGGCUUUGUUGCAGGAGCCACCAAUAUCCUGUUCCGUCAGCAAAAGCACCUGAGCGACGCAAUUGUGGAAAUAGAAGAUGCUCAUGUACAAAUCCAUGAUCCAGAACUCCGUAAGAUCCUGAACCCUACAACCGCUGACCUAAGAUUUGCAGAUUACUUGGUGAAGCAUGUAACUGAGAACAGAGAUGAUGUUUUCCUUGAUGGCACUGGAUGGGAAGGAGGAGAUGAGUGGAUCAGGGCUCAGUUCAGUGCUUACCUUCACGCGCUGCUUGCUGCUGUGCUGCAACCAGACAAUGAGAAGACUUUGUCAGAUUUUGGAACACCAUUUGUAGUAGCCUGGAAGAAUACUCACAACUACAGAGUAUGGAAUAGCAAUAAGCAUCCAGCUCUUGCAGAAGUAAAUUCUAGCCACCCAUUCCAGGGACAAUACUCUGUAUCAGAUGUUAAGUUAAGAUUGUCACACUCUGUGCAAAACAGUGAACGUGGAAAGAAGAUUGGAAACGUGAUGGUUUCCACUAGCCGAAAUGUUGUGCAAACAGGAAAAGCUGUAGGUCAGUCAGUUGGAGGAGCCUUCACAAGUGCAAAAUCAGCCAUGUCAUCAUGGUUUUCCACUUUUACACAGUCAACCCAAAGUCUCGGGGACUAAGUGAUGGUUUUGCACAGUGCUGCUGAAUGUUUCAGGUGCAAUGGUAUCUCUGAGCUGUAAAAAGACUGCUCCAAAACACAGGAGUGGAGACUAACUAUCCAGGACCAAAACAAGGCGUAUGUUGCUUGCAAGAAGAUGUGGAAUGUUAUCAUCCAGUUUCACUAGAAGUAUAGAAUGGUGAGUGUCUCCAUAUGAUGGGAUGGCAUUUGCUGUAUAUUGGUUGUGUUUAAAAUGACUACUUUUCUUUAGAUCUGAGCCUUUAUAAAGAUAUUAGCAAACAGGGCUUGUUGCAAGCCAAAUGUGUUUGACUUUAGAUUUGUACAUUUUCUUGGAUGUUGAAGAUAUUUAUGUAAAGUAGUUAUAUUUUUCAAUCCAAGUAGCCAAAUGUUUGUGAAUUCUUCUUAUAAAUAAGCAGAGUAUGACUACUGAUUCAUCUUCAGGUUGGUUUAGAGAACACGUCUGCAAAAAGUAUAGGUGCAGAAGCCCUUAAAGGGUUCAAAGCUAGGUGGCACUUGUUUGGUUCCACCUACAAACUGGAAUCAGCCGGGUGCAGAGUAAGACUGUGGCUGACUAAACGGUGUUUUUCCUUUCUCAUCUGUAGCCGUACACAUUAAUCUGUCUCUAGCUGUCUUUGUGUCUGCAAAUCUGUGCAACAAUUGUAAAAUCAGUAUUUUCUUGAUGUUAUGCGGUGGGCCUUCAUAACUUUGCCUAUGUUUUGGCUGUGUUUUACCCUGGGAUAUGAACAGGAUUCCAGCUGGAGAGAUCUCUUCAAGAAAAGUAUUAGAAAACAAUUGGCCAAAAUUGGAAUUGAACCAUAGAGCAAGACCUCACAAAACUGUCUGUUAGGAUAUAAUUACACCACUAAUGUAAUUACAUGAAUAUGAAUACAAAGUAUUAAAAUUACUUAAAAGAGCACAGUAGCAAACUCUGCAUAUUUUUUGUUGCCAGUAAAGUUAUGAAGACUCUUCCAAACAGAAAUCAGCUAUACAGAUUUUUCUUUGUCUACUCAGGGAAUGUUCUAUUUGGAUAACUACUUUUUUCAUAAGGAAAGUAACACCAGAAUUGAGGGAGCAACUGAAACAACUCAGUUCUUAACCUUGCAUGAAAGAAUAUAAUAGUUUAUUUGAAAAGAUGUGGUAUAGUGCUCUAUUUCAUAUGGAAUGUGCAUGUGGUGUCUUCAGUAUGCAAACAUAUUCCACAUCCUACAGUUUGUGCUCCCGACACAGAUUAUUUCCUGUUUCUUACAACGUGAACGUGUCUAUGCCUUGUAACAUCCCCACAUGAUAGCUGUUAACAUUUCCUACAUUACAUCAUCAAGUAUUCCAACCUUCCCGUAUUGGAAGGCUCUUAGUUUAUUCCCUCCUAAGUAUUUAUUAGUGUUCUGCAAUUCUCUUUUUGGGGCCGAGAUUUCAAGUCAAAGUUAUUUCUUCUAUUCCUCAAAUAAAAUAGCUGUACAAGAGAUAAAGAAGAAGGUUCUAAUGUAAUUUCUUUAAGAAGUUCUGAUUUCUUCAGAUGCAUUUGAAAAGCUAAUAGAAAAGUCAAACUUGCAUCACAUAGUUACUCUCCAACAAUGUAAAUUUCAGUUUUAGUGCUUCAAAUAGUGAUUCAGAAAGACAAGAUCUGUUUUAAAAUAUUAAUUAAUUUUUUCCAGGACAAGCUAGGUAGAACAGCCAUGGAAAACCUGAAAGUACAGAGCUGGUUUGAGUAGCUUCAUUUGAGAAGGGCAAAAAGUACACCUAAAGCUCUACUUAAUCUACUGCUUCUGACAUACAAGUAAAACGUAUCUAUAGAACCUUAUAUAUUGCUUCUGGUCUGUGUGUUUAUAUGUAUAUCUCCUAAAAUUUCUGAUAUUCUUUUCUGUUCUAUUCCACAACUCUGUAAUAGUCAAUUAUUUUAAAGAGUAAGAAAUACUUGUAGGAAGACUUCUGGUGCAAUAAGACUAGGGGUGCAGUUAUUCACGAUGAUUCUAGAGCUUUCUGAUUCAGCUUGCAGAUAAGAAAAUAAUCACUUGCUAUUAUGAAAUUGCUAGCAUUACCUGUUGUCUGGGUUUUAAGUGGUCAGGCUUCAUGUUGUAGUGAAGACUGAAUAUGAUCUGAAAGAUUUAAGCGCCUACAAAAUUAACUUCAGCAACUUGAUGUUAAUUUAAACUUAGGAGCUCACAGUAGGGCCACACAAGUAGUUAACGUGUACAAGCUAUAAAAACAGGACCUUUCUGGGUCCUUUUUAAUAGCCUUGCCUCUGUCACCUCUUCACCUUAGCUGUUCUGUAGAAUUCUCCUCUGCCCCAGAUUUGUACAGCUGAUUUGUUAGUUCUCUGCAUUUCCCUCACUCCCACAAACUCCCUUGCUGACCCAGGGAUUUUAGAAAACUGUGUGUUGUUUUUUGUUUUUUGUUUUUUUUUUAAUUUUUGAUUCAUCUGAGGAAAGGCAGAAUGAGGUGCCCUCUGCUUUUCAAAGCUGAUGGCUGCUUGCUGCUCUGCGUAGGGCCUGCGCUACAACGCUUCACAGUUUUUCUCCUAUGGAUAGAAAAGAAGACCUGACAGAUCUCUUUCCCCGCUGUCCCAGCUGUCUCUGUUGUGGAGUCAAACAUGCAACUUGAUCAAAAGUAUUUUCCUUUUUUCUAUGUGUUUCUAUUGUGUUUCAACACAAGGUUGGAAUAAGAAACUUCUAUUCAUUUUCAGAUUUUAAGAAUUGGCUUCCUGCUAGCAAGUUGGACAGUGAUUUAAACUGAUGCAGUGGGUAGAGAUGAAAUGAUCAUCAUAAUAAGUUGUCUUCAUUAAUGUGUAUGCUUGCUCUUUGACAUUUGGCUUAAACUUGCUUUUGGUCUGUAGGAGGGAUAGCAGCUACUGAGUUUCGUCUGAAUUCACGUAGUCCUCUUCUUUAUUUAAUGGUUGUGACCUCUUCAGAUAAAUCCAGUAUGAAUGCACUAUUUUCUUCCCCUCUGUUCUAAAAUUUCCAAUGCAAGUAUUAUUACUUAUUUUCAAAGGGAUUUAAGCAGUCAACUUUCAUUUCAAAGACAUCCAUUUCUGCAUGGCAAGAAAUACAAAGUACUAAAUGAAUCGGUGACAGCACCUCUUGUGAGUAAACUGUGAAGGCAUUGUUACACCUCAGUCAUAAUGUAUGUCGCAAAGAUAAUUUUGAUCAUUAAUGUAGAGUGUGAACUGAUUUACAAAUAAUACAAUAACACUUCUUUCUCAGCUUUCUGGCAUCAAAGCAUCAACCUCCGCUAUUUGUAGUUACCAACAUUUGAGGAACUGCCUAUUGAGUAUACGCAGCUACAAGUCCCCAAAAUAACACAAAAUUAAGUAUCGUUGACCUAAUACUUCUUUGACUAAAAUGUUCAGCAUUUUUCAUCGUUUUUCUGUCAUAACCUUAAUUCAUGUGCAUAUCUGACAGCUUUUUCCUCAAAUGUAACAAUGUAAUAAUCACCUUUAGAUCACUCUCCUAGUACAUUGCAUUUGUUUGACUUUGUACAUCUGUUUUAAGCACCUUUGUAAUUAAAUUUAGUAUUUUGUCGAAACAAGCUUCUUACUUCCAUAGAAAUUAUUACUAAGCAGAGAAACUAAUGUGGCCGUAUUUAAUGUGUGAAAGUGGAGGUGGGAAUGCAGUUUUUAAACAUAGAAACUCUUUCUUGAUAAUUGAAAAUACAAGUAAUGUAUUUGAUUUUUCUUGUGCUGCUUAAAAAUAAAUACAUCCAGCCUAUUUAAA